AUUACACGGCACGGUGUCUUCAGGCACGCCAUAAUAAUUGUAGCCGGAUUCUGGUUGAUGUCCCUGAGAGUAGGGUCAGGAGAGGACGCAACGCGGCGUUGUUGGGAUAUUUCUCUCUUCUUCCUACUUGCAGGCUCCGGCUAUAAAAGCCAUCAAGAUGCAGCCCAACCUCCAUCGCCUUUAUCCCUUGCUGUACCUAGCAGCUCAUCUCCAAUGUCUUCUACAGCGAUUAGGGGACAAUGCACUGAGCACACGGACAACGUCUUCUGUCUGUGUUUACGUUUCACUCCUCAUCGAGAUCCAUCGCACUGGCUUACUCUAGAUCAGUCCCGCUGCAUGUGCGGCCAUGGCAUUCACGCCCAUGCCGACUACGUCUCCCUCAUUGUUCACAAUUGUCGUCCCACCCACUGUGUGGCCUACGUUCAGAAGACGCCCAAGACACAGGAAUGUACAUGUUCGGCGCUUCUUUUUGAUCAUGUCCCUGUCGUCAAUGCGUAUCGUUCACCUGUGGCUGUCUCGUACAACCAAGGAUCCUUCGUAGGUGGCGACCAGAGCAUCGUAUCCCCAACCUACACUAUGAAUGCACCCAGCUCUUUAAACGAUGCGAAUCCAGUCACCCUCAUUCCUAUGAUUUCCUCACCAGAUACCAACGCUCCCUCGCGUAUCAUUCAGUCAGAAGCUGACAUCUUUGCCACUCAUCAGCUUGAUGGACAUGAUAUGCAAGAUGGCGAGGCGCCAAACGGAACUUUUGAUUACUAUCCGAAUACCCAUUAUCCCGCGACACCUGGAGCAGAAGCAUGGGUAGGACCUUACAGCGCCUAGCUAUCAAAAAUUCCCAUUAUGCAACCUGUUAGUUUUCCAGCUCUGUACGACGUACUGCGAUAUCGCCGCUGAAUUUUAUAUCUAUAACUGCCUGUCCAACCGUUAUCUUCAUCUCUUGUCG